UUAUCAGUGUGAUAAUUCGAUCGAUCCUUUAUAGAUUAUUUUUUUCUUUUUGUUACUUAAUAUUUAAAAUUAAUAUCUCGGGAAUAUUCUAACGAAGUGUACACGUACAAACUGCGAAUAAAACAGCUGAUUUAUUAUGUGUUGGUUAAUAGUAUUCUCUAUGUAUUUGUGAGUGUAUACGGAAAAAAAAAAUUAUUACGUAUUUAAUCAAUUAUUUGUAUGAAGAAAUCGAUAAUAUGAUAACUUUAUAAUGCUUCACGGUUUCACGGUUAUAACGUAUAAAUGAAGAUAUGCUGAAACCAAAUAUUUUUUUUUUUCUUUUUAAAUAAUUACGAAUAAACAGUUUCAUGAAUCACAGAUAAGGAUAUAUCUGAAAUAUUAUUGACAUUUAUAUUAAACAUACGUAAAGUGUUUUUAUUCGAUAAUCGUGUAAUAUUGAUAAAAUAAAAGUUUCAAGUUAUUGUCAAUUGAAAUAUAUCAGAUGUUAAAACACUUUUGUUUUUAUUUCUUUUCAUUAUGAUACUACACUCAAAGCUUUUUUAUAAUGCAAGACGAAGAUCUGAAAUAAUAUUGUCUAGAUUAUUUUUAACUGAUCAAGUUAAUGCUUAUAAGCAUACCUUUCAACAAAAAGACAAAGCAUAUGCGAAUGAAAAAGAAUUUAAAAAUUACUUUAACAUAAAAUAUGUAAUCGGUUUUGUGAUAACUGGUUCAUUUUUAGGUAUAUAUUUUUAUAAUUUAUCCCAAAAACAAAUACAGACAUUUAAACAAAAUAACGAUAUUGAAUGUGGAAAUUUAAGAAAAGAUCUUAAAACUUAUACGUUAGAAGAAGUGGGUAAACAUUAUAAUAAAGAAAAUCAUAUUUGGGUAACUUAUAAAGAAGGCGUAUAUGAUAUUACGAAUUUUGUCGAGCAACAUCCUGGUGGUUCUUCUAAAAUUAUGAUGGCAGCUGGAAGCUCGAUAGAACCAUUUUGGUUGAUUUUUGCUAAUCAUAACACACCAGAAAUAUACGCUCUUUUAGAAUCUAUGAGAAUUGGUAAUAUAUCUAAAACAGAUGCCAAGUCUAAUAUUAGCGAUUUAAAUGAUCCAUAUGCGAAAGAACCGUCUCGACAUAGAGCAUUAAAGAUCAAUGGACAUAAGCCAUUUUGUGCAGAAACACCAUCUUCUUUAUUAAUUGAAAGCUUUAAUACACCGGCAGAUCUUUUUUAUGUUAGAAAUCAUCUACCUGUUCCUGAGAUAGAUUUAAAAACUUACACGGUAGAAAUAGCCAUAGAAGAAGAUACAAAAAAAACUAUAGAUUUUGAAGGAAUAAAGAAAUAUCCAAAAUAUACAGUGACAAGUGCUAUAAUGUGUGGUGGAAAUAGACGUUCAGAAAUGGCAGAGGUAAAACCAUUAAAAGGUCUCAGUUGGGGUGUAGGUGCUGUUGGUAAUGCCACUUGGUCAGGAGCACGUUUGUGUGAUAUAUUAAAAGAUUUAGGAAUAAAUGAAGAAGAUUAUGAUCACGUACAAUUUGAAGGUCAUGAUGUAGAUCCAUCGGGAAUGCCAUAUGGCGCAAGUAUUCCUAUUAGUAAAGCCAUGGAUCCUAGGGCAGAUGUAUUAUUGGCGUAUGAAAUGAAUGGGCAACCUAUACCAAAAGAUCAUGGAUUUCCAAUUAGAGUAAUUGUUCCAGGAGUUGUAGGUGCGAGAAAUGUUAAAUGGCUUGACAAAAUAAUUAUUUCUAAGAUAGAGAGUCAAUCACAAUGGCAACAAGGUGAUUAUAAAGCUUUUUCUCCUAGUACUGAUUGGGAUAAUGUAGAUUUUUCAAAAGCACCAGCUAUACAAGAGAUGCCUGUCAUUUCUGCUAUUUGUAAGCCAGAACAAUCAGAACAAGUCAAAAUAAAAGAUGGCAAAAUAGAUGUUAAAGGAUAUGCAUGGUCAGGUGGAGGUCGAAAGAUAAUCAGAGUUGAUGUAACAUGUGAUAAAGGUAAUACUUGGCAUACUGCUGAUCUCAUAAAACAGGAUCUUAAUGCUAAAGAAGGUCGACAUUGGAGUUGGACAUUAUGGAGUAUUAAUCUUCCUGUUGAUACAAAAUUAAAGGAAGUAGAGAUUUGGUCUAAAGCCGUUGAUUCGUCUUAUAACGUUCAGCCGGAAACAGUAAAAAAUAUUUGGAAUUUACGGGGUUUCUUGUGUAAUGCAUACCAUAGAGUAAAAGUACAAUUAAACUAAUACGUGACAUAGUAAUAUGAUUAUA